UCCAGUCCUUGUGCCCAGUCUCUUGCCAGCAAAAGCCGGACUGAUUCUCCGUCAGCUGCUUCAACAUCAGCCCUGGCGAGCGGCCGAAACUGUGGACCAACACUUCGAAUUGAAAACUCCUCAAUUUCCAGAGCCUCUUGCGCUCUCUGGAUCAGCUGAUGAUUUUCCAUUCAGUAGUGUUCAGGCUAAACUUGGUGAUAGUGCUGGCGAUGGUGAUGGUGAUUGGGAGCUGGGUAGAAAUGAUUCAGCUAUGCACACUUACUCUGCAGACAAGAACUUUCAGGAGGAAGAACAGGAAGGUUCAACCAAAGAGAGGACAGCUAAGCAGGAUAAAAAAGUGAUCAUGAAGGAUGAGAAAAUGGAUACUAGAGAAGAAAACAGGAUGAGCGAGCUCAACGGGAAGAUACGACAUCCUCGCUACCUAUCUGAAACCCUAAAAGACGGAUAUCAGCUCUUAUCACCCACGUUGUCAGCAGAUUAUUUCAAGAUCCAGGAGGUCGUCGAUGCCUUUUUGCAAGGGCUUCGUAACAGGUUAGCUUCUAGUCUCUCUUGCCUCUAUAAAUAUUAUCUUCUUUCAAGGAGAAAAGCGGUUCCUAAAAUGUAUGAAGUUUUAGGGAUUAUUUCCUUUAAACGUUCCGCUUAUAUUACGACAAAUAUGAUAAGGUUUUAUGGUCGCCGACUAUAA